CGCUACGAUGAUAGAUGAAAUAGAUAUUUAUCAACCCAACUCUAUGAACUGCUUUUGGAACAGUGGAACCUGAUCACGAAUUUGUUAUUAGAUGGAUGUAUCAUUUUGCAAAAUCACGCCAUAAAGUAAUGCACUUUUUUUUGAUAUUGACUCAUCGUUGCAUGUGUGCUCUAAUCAAACCUCCUCUCGUUCUCGGCCUGAAGUACAUAAAAAUAAUUUUGUGACUUUCGAAUCACAUAUUAGCAAUGCUGAAUCCUUCUCUAUUGAUCUUAUUUGGUUUCGCCAGCAAUGAGUUGACAAAAUUCAAAACUUAUUGCCCCAAAGAACAAGCCGCUCUCAGCAUAUGUGGUUCACAUAACGAAGAUUGCUUGAUGACGCUUAAAUCGGAUUGCCACGAUCAGUUGUUGCAUUGCAUAAAUGCACUGAUUCCCACGAACUUGUCAAAAGGACAUCGUUAUACCGCACAACAGAAUGGACACAGUUUCUGUCAUAGCUACUUACAGAACAUUACAGAAACCAUGGGGGCUGAUGAAUCUACUAACCGUGAAAAUUUGAAAUCAAGAAUACUGGGAAUAACAGAGGAAAUAAUACAUUCCGAUGUCUGUGAACUAUCGUUUUUCCCAAAUCAAACCAAGCCUGUAUAUUUAUCAAAACUGUUUCCGUUGAUGGUUUCAAAAUCUUGUCAUUGUCCUAUGAAAUCAGGCGGAAAUUUAGAAUCGAAAACAGAAAAAACAGUACAAAUAUCGAACAAAUGGGAAGAAAAUGCACCAAUCAAGACUUGGUACAGUGUAUUUGGAAAUCAAAAAUGUUUGAAAGAAGUUGAUCGGCAUCUGGCAUAUCAUCUUUGUGGAGAAGAACAAGGAUCUGAAGUAUAUUAUGAACUGGCAAGACUUGCAGACUGCCAGGAAAACUCUAUGUUUUCGAAUUGUGCAAUCGAAUUUAGUGAAACAAUGCAGGAAAUUGCUGAGAAAAGUGAAACAAGUCUCCUUUGCUUGGAAUAUAUUGAAAUGUUGAAACAACAACUACCAUUUGUCAAUAAGGGCAUUUUCGAGUAUAAUAGUUUUUCGUUUGUAAAAAGAAUAAACUCUCAUCGUAUCGGAUCAGAUACCAUCCAAGCUGAGAAACUAUACUGGAUCAGUGACGGAGAUGAUGCUACCAAGUUUAAAUGUUUUACAGUGAAGAGAGCUACCAGCGUUUGUGAGCACUCGUUGAAUUAUUGUCAAAAAAACUCCAAUAUCAAUUGUGAAGGACAGUACAAUGAUUGUAUGAACAGAAGUAGUCAAGUGGCACCAGAGUGUAUUCAAAGUUCCAUUCCACCGGUUGAUUAUUUCAAUUGGUUUAUAAAUAUAAUACAGUGGGAGAAAAAUAUAAUUGGAUUCAUUUUCUACAUCGUCAAAUGGUUAUUCAAACAUUUGUUCCUUCUUGGAUUAGGAGCCUUACUCACAUACGUUCCAUUAUUCAAAAGAAUGAACAAGUGGUUCAUUGAUAUGAAAAUACUGUGUGAUAGCAAGUUCGUCGUAGAAGAUACUUCAGAACCCAUCAUCACGAAGGCAUUUUCUUCUGAAAAGUGUCAUCUAUUGGAAAGUAAAAAAACUAAUCAGAUGGAAGAAGGAACUGGUGUUUACACUUCGAACAACAACAACAAUAACAACAAUUAUGAUGAAUAUGAUCGAUCUGAAAUAUCUGAUGAGAUUCAACAGAUCGGAUCAAACGAUGGUUCAUUGAGUGAUGGUUGUGAUUUUAUUGAAACAGAAAUAACAAUCAAUAAUGAAACCCCUGACCCAAUUGAGCCAUCCACGGCCGAAGUUGAUCAACACACAGAUUUGGAAGCACAAAAACUUACUGUUCUAAAGAAAAAAGCAAUCAGAAGGAGAACCGAAAUGAUGUCUUACAGAAGUUUUUGGAAGAAGCGACCAUAUUACAGACGAAGACAAAGAAAGAGGUCUGCACAGAAAGAGAAAAGUCUCCCAGAAAGUUUUCAAGCAAUGGGCAAGUCUUGUGCUAAAAUGGUGUGGCGAUGUAUCUGCAAUAAGUAACUUAAAAUUCAUCCUGAUUGUUUUCGGUGUUUUAUUUGUAUUUACAUCACUACAUAUGAUAAAAAAUAAUGUUUAA